AUGGUUUUCUAUGGUAUUGGUGCAGAUGGCUUUACAGAACGGACACUGAACCCAACAGCACUGACAGAAGAGAUCAAUCAGAAGCUCAUCUGGAGGUUGAAAUCAUCAACAUCAUCAUGUUUGACUCCUCUGAGGAUUGUUCUUCUGGGGAAGAGCGUGUCAGAAAACAGUGGAGUGGGAAACUUCCUGUUGGGACGAGCAGCGUUUGACAGUGAAGCUCCUCCAGAUGUUGUAGAGAGAGUCGGAGGAAGAUUGAAGGACAGACACGUGAUGGUCAUCAACAGUCCUCAGCUGCUCCAGACAAACAUCUCAGAUCAUCAGAUCACACAGACAGUGCGAGAGUGUGUGUCUCUGUCUGAUCCAGGACCUCAUGUGAUCGUUCUGCUCCUCAAACAUGAUCAGUGUUCAGCAGAAGAUCAGGAGUGUGUGGAGAAGGUGCUGGACUCUUUCUCUGAGAGGGUUUAUCAACACACUAUGGUGCUCACCACACAAGAGCCCACUGAAACCAAUGACAUCCUACAGAAGAUCAUUCAGAAGAGCUUCAACAGACACUUCAGUCUUCAGAGAAGCAGCUCUCCUGAUGAUCUUCUGCAGACGUUUGAGGACAUUGUGCAAAUGAAUGAUGGACGACACCUGGAUUGUGCUGAAGAGUCACAGUAUUUCACAAUGAAGCAACAGGACACAGAGAGACAGGGUGUGAAGCUGAAUCUGGUUGUGUGUGGGAGUGACGGCACAUUAAAAUCCUCCAUAUCAGAGCUGAUCCUGCAGCAGACAGACAGAAGAUCAGACGUGGAUCUUCAUGGACGUCAGAUCAGUCUGGUGGAUCUUCCAGCUCUGUUCAACACUCGUCUCUCAGAGGAGGAAGUGAUGCGUCAGACUCUCCGCUGUGUGUCUCUCUGUCAUCCUGGAGUUCAUGUGUUCCUCCUCAUUAUUCCUGAUGCUCCACUCAAUAAUGAAGACAAAGCAGAAAUGGAGGAGAUCCAGAGGAUCUUCAGCUCCAGAAUCAACAAACACAUGAUGAUCCUCAUAAUGCAGAAUUCAGAGCAUCAUACAGAAGAACUCAAUGAAGAAACACAGUCUGUCAUUGAGAGAUUUGGAGGACGACAUCAUUUCUUCGGUCCCAACACACAAGUGUCCACAUUGAUGGAGAACAUUGAGAAGAUGCUGAAAGAAAACAGAGGAGAGCUUUACUCCACAGAGACAUUUCUGGAGGCGCAGAUGGAAAAACUGAUGAAAUAUGAAGAGAUGAAGAAGAAAAUCAACUCACUAGAGACACAUUUACUGUCACAAGAUUCAAGAGAAAGCACAGAUGAUCUGAGGAUUGUGCUGCUGGGAAAAACUGGAGUUGGGAAGAGUGCAACAGGAAACACAAUCUUAGGAAGAGACGCGUUUAAGGCAGAAACAUCUCAAGAGUCAGUAACUAAAGAGAGUCAGAGAGAAUCAUCUGAAAUCAACGGCCGAAACGUUACUGUGAUCGACACUCCAGGACUGUUUGAUACUGAACUGAGUAAUGAGGAGAUCCAGAGAGAAAUCAGACACUGCAUCUCCAUGAUCCUGCCUGGACCACAUGUGUUCAUCAUUGUGCUCAAUUUAGGACAACGAUUCACUAAACAUGAGGAAACAUCAGUGAAGAUCAUCCAAGAGACGUUUGGAGAGAAAUCUUUAAUGUUCACCAUGGUGCUCUUCACCAGAGGAGAUUUCCUGAAGAACAAAACUAUUGAACAGUGUUUGGGAAAACCUGGAUCUCCUUUGAUGAAGCUGAUUGAAGCGUGUGGAAACAGAUUCCAUGUGUUCAAUAAUAAUCAGACUGGAGACCGAACACAGGUGUCUGAUCUACUGGAGAAGAUAGACAACAUGGUGAGAGUGAACGGAGGGAGUUUCUACUCAUGUAAGAUGUUCAGAGAGAUGGAGAGAGAAAGACAAGAACAACAGAUGAAGAUCCUGAUGGACAGAGUCAGUGAAAGAGAAGAACUGAUGAAGAAACUAGAAGAAGAGAAAGAGAGAAUGAAGAAGAUGAUGAAGGAAGAACGACAGAAUCAUGACAAAGAGAGAAAGAGAAGAGAAGAAGAACUCAAAAUAGAAAUAAGAGAACAAGAGAAACAUCAGAGAGAGAUACGAGACGAGAUGAGACGAGAACGAGAAACAUUUAAACAUGAAAUAGAGGAAAUGAGACAAGAAAAAGAGAAUUUGAAGAAAGAAAAGGAAAAACUCCAGAUCAAAUAUGACACUGAAACAGACAGACUGAUGAACAGAAUAGAGAAUGAGAGGAAGAAAAGAGAAGAAGAGUUUAAUGAGAGAGAAGAACGAAUACAAAACACUAAUGAAAGAGAAAGAAGAUCUUCAGACUAA